GGUUUUCCGCUUGACCAGUCUCGAAUGGGGCGUAUUUUGGAUAACAACUAGCAAGACGGUAGCUGGUAGCUCGAUAAGCUACAAUAUUGUGGGCUGUUUGCCAGUGCUCAGUGGUGCAAAUUUUUCUUGGAUCGGAAGCGUAGAUCUGGGUCGAACAGUGAUUCAUUGAAAGUGCUUAUCUUUAUCAACAUCAGGGACUAGCUCUCGGAGCAAUCUGUGCAGCAAAAAUGUGAUAGUGGCUAGGACGGGAAUCUAGAAAUUAAGUUAAGAAGCCUCUUGAAGGCCGUCCUUGAAAGGGUGCUACCAUCGUCAGUCGAAGGAAGCAGAAGGAAGAAAAAACCGGGACAUUCAUAAUUUGUGUCCUCAACCAGGAGGAUGAAGCUGAUCUACUGGAUCGGAGUCGUUGGAACCGUAAUUGUGGCCAUCUCACUAUAUUGGCCACUAUUUUUCUGGAUAUUCCUCUUUGUUCUCUACUCGCUGAUUCUGAUCGCCUUGGCCAUUUUCGGAACCAUCUACUUCCACUACAAACUAACAAGCAGGGGAGACACUACCACCCACGAACAUCGGGCCCAGAACCUUCCCUCGAAUGUGCUGUACAAUGCCACCAAAUCGCAACUAUUCGAUCCACCGUCUCCACCGAAAACUUCCACCAGUUUACCGAUAAUCUUUGGCCGUACGGUGGAUAGUUUGCUGCAGCAGAUCAUAGGAAAUACCAUGAGGGAUGUCGUUGGACCAGCUCUUGGCGAAAUUAUUGCCAAUCCAAAGAAGAUCGUAGAUUUGUUGAAGGAGGAUAUCUGGUUGGGGAUCGAGAAGCUGCACGAACGAUCGGCAAGGAUCGAUGCUCCUAAGAUGAUUGCUUGUGACUUCGUGGUCAAGGUUACUGUUCACCUGGAGAAGAUAAGAAUCUCUCAGGCCCGAGCAGUCGAGUUGGGUACCGAACCUGUCUUCGGAACAUCGUCCUAUUUAGCCACUCAAGAGAAGGAACUGGAGUUCUUGAAGAAAAUUUGUGAGAUAAUGAUAAUAUUUCUGUUACCGAGAGGCUACUCUCUCUCGCCCAUCAAGGAUUUGUUGAGCGAGGUGGUCUCGUAUAAGGUGCUGUUCCCGUUGAUCAAGCUAAUAACUUCCCCGGAUUUUAUCAACCAGCAGGUGGUAGAGUGCAUUGAGACGAAACUGAUGGCGGUUGCCAUCAAUAAGCGAAGUUACGAGUAUGCAGCUAAUUUUGAGGAUUUCCUGAAGAUUAUCAACGGUUGUCAAUCGUUGGAUGAGCUACACUCGAUUAGGGGCAGUAUCAUCAACGAUAUCAUGCAGGCGACUACAAUGCAGAAUUUGCAACGGACAAGAGGCUUCGACAGUGACUGCUUCGUAGGAAAGAAUAGCAACAGUGGAAAUAGUUCAACAGAUUCAGACAACGGACCAAGCCGGGCUGAAAUAACCGCUUCGUUGAAGCUGAAGAAGUACAUCCAGCAGCUGUCAUUCGCCAAAACCCAAUGCGAAAAGAAUCUCUCCAAGCUAGGCUGGGAUGGAAACGUCAGUAACGAUGUGGACCUCUCGAUCCUGGACAUUCUCUCAACGGUAGCCGGAAGACGUCACUUCACGGUGUUUUUAGAACCCCUGAAAGCCUCCUCACUACUAGGUUUCUACACCAUGGUCGAGGAGCUGAAGCACGCUCCCAAAAGUUCCUGGCAUCAGCUGGGUGCUGAAGUAUUUUAUACUUUUAUCAGGUGCCCGAACUCGGAGAUACCUGUCGAAAAGACUGACCGUAAGAAGAUGGAGUCCUUCAUGGUGGGCGACAGUGGCCCGGAGAUAUUUUUCGACAUUCAACGAGAAUGCCUUGUAACGCUGGAGGAGAAAUACUAUCAGCCGUUUCUGCUCAGUGAGGAAUAUUCGAAGCUCAAGAGCUCGCUUACUCAGGACGAUUUUAAGGAGAUAACCCUUAGUACGUACAUUUCUUCCAGCCAGGAUAGUCAAGACGAGACGGCUUCCAAUGCUUCUUCGGCCAGUGGAGACAUCGAUCCGAUGAUAAUGGAUCUGAGUAACCACUCGACUUAUGCCAGAAACAAGUUGGAACAGCUGGACGAAAAGCUAGCCAAUAAAAAUCAAGCUCUGGAAGCGUUGAAACAAUCGCUUAAGCCAGACUCCAAACUCUUAGCUAUUCUGGAGAAAGAGAUCGAUUGGUUAAAAGGAGAGAAGCGACAACUCGAAUCUCACCUCCUGAGAACAGAGGUUUGGGCCGAGUACUUGGGCAAGUGGAGAUCGAUCGUAGAGAGCGUAGACUUUUCAGACGAUAAAGAACCUCAACCGCAGUUUAUGAUCGUCGUUCAGGUAGACGAGGUUAAUGACUGUGGAAAAGAGGAGGUCGCCACUGCUAUGGAUGCUGCCGACAGCAUAUCUACGGGUUGGGUUGUGGUCCGAUCCCUAGCACAAUUCCACGAGCUGCACCGGAAGCUUCGACCGAUGUGUAACGAGCUGAAGACCAUCGAUCUUCCCUCGAACAAUGCGUUCAAGCUGUUUCUCCUCAAAAAUGAUAAAUCUCUUCUGGAGAAAUCGAAGCUACAGAUUCAAAAAUAUCUAAACUUCAUCUUAGAAGAUGAUCAUCUGAACCAAAGUGAGGCGCUGUACGAGUUUCUUAGUCCCAGCUCGGAUCGACUGAAACAGAGUGUAACGCCGUCGCCCUCCAAGAAGCAGUCUUCUAAAUUUUCGCUGGCAACCCUGUUCAAAGCGAACAGUGAGAAGUUGGACCAGUUUUGGGGACCGCACUUCAAGCUGAAUACCGCCGAUUUUGCCGAUGAAGAUCAGGUUUCCAUGUACCUGGAGGGUUCCAGUGCCGAAAACGGUGCCGGCAAACCAUCGGAAGCUGACGCCAAAGACUCGAUAGCCGAACCGCUGUACGCUCUGCUGGGAGAAAUCUUCGACAUGAGUGGAGUCUUCAAAUGGCUCCGGAGAAGCUUGAUAUCGUUUGUACAGAUUACCUACGGUCAAACUAUCAACAGACAGAUUAGAGAGUCUAUCAACUAUUUAUUCGAGGAACCGAUGAUGCACACCUAUGCUUCAACUGUGCUAAAGGCCUUGUGGCCAGGAGGAGUCCUGACGGUGAAGAACAUCGAUAGGACCGAGGAUCAGCAGGAAAUGACCAUGAUUGCCGCCAAGUCACUACUGAUGGACAAUAUUCCGGAUUUACUGUGUAACCUUAUUGGUGCUCAGAACGCAAAAGCGGGAAUCAUGAAACUUUUCGAUAACGUCCAAAACCCGCUGUACAAUAAGCAACUGUUCUACGAUUUGCUGGAGAUUUUGAUGCUGGAGCUAUUCCCCGAGAUCCGGCAACUUAAAGUUCCUCCAAGUGUUACAGCUGUAGCGGUCGUUGGAGGUUCGGCUUCAACUUCAGCCGUCUCGACGCCAACGCAUGGCGUCCAUUCUGCGACCUCAAGUUCUCCCAUGAAAUCCAUAUCACGCACCUACCGAGACUAACCUCACUUGACCUGACCAGCAGCUGAUCUUGGAUACUAUCAGUAAGAGAAGCAAGAAUUAAAUCCGGACCCACAGAAAUGGUGUAUCAUCGUUUGAGUUGUUUGGUCGCUUACCGAAUUACGCACGCGUGGCAAUGUCCCCAAUGUCGGCUUCCGACGCUAGUCCUUUUCCAAAAUCUACUUUUCGCAAAUUGAGGUAGUAUUUCACCAGCCCAGCCCACCUAUGAAGUUGCAUUACCAUUUUUAAACACUUUAGGAAUGAAAUUAUAUUAAACUGUAGUAAAAAAUAAUUUAAGGUAUUGGUACUCAUCCGAGACAAACGGACUAUGUAGAUAAACGUAAAAGGUGUACUAACGAUGGUCGUGGUGAUUGUGUAACGUACAUGUAUGUAUAGGCUAUGAACAUCCCGAGGACCCGAAAUUGAUCUCACAGAACUACUUAUCCGAUACCCACUCUGAAAAAAUA